AUGCCAUUAGAAAGAUGUUCGGCGAAAGUAUUUGAUCCCAACAGCAAAUAUGACGUUCAAAAAAUUGAGAGUAAAAUAUCAAAAGAUCUCAGUAUAAGUCCUCAAAUACGAAUUUGUUACAGAGACCUAAAGCUCGACAACAUUCUACUCGAUUUUGACGGGCAUGUUCGAAUAGCCGAUUUUGGAAUGUGCAAAUUGCAAAUAUUCUUGGACAGGAUGGCAGACACUUUCUGUGGCACACCGGAUUACAUGGCCCCCGAAAUUAUUAAAGGGCAGCAUUACAAUCAGUGCGUGGACUGGUGGUCGUACGGCGUACUUUUAUACGAGAUGCUAAUUGGACAGUCGCCCUUCAGCGGAUGUGAUGAGGAUGAACUAUUUUGGUCGAUUUGCAACGAGAAACCGCUAAUUCCUAGAUACUUGAGUACUGAAGCAAAUUCUAUAAUUUUAUUGCUGUUAGAAAAAGAUGCGAACAAGAGACUAGGUAACAAAAUGUGUCCAUCCGGCGACAUCCAAGACCAACCAUUCUUCAAACCAAUCAGUUGGGAACGACUUGAAGCGCGAUUGCUCGAUCCGCCCUUCAAACCGAAACUGCUUCAUCCACUCGACACGCAGUACUUCGACAAAAACUUCACCGUCGAAAAGGCCAAACUAACGCCGAUCGAUAAGAACAUCCUGCAGUCCAUGGAUCAAAGCCAAUUUCAAGGUUUCAGCUACACUAAUCCUAACGCUACCGAUAAGUAAAAUGAGGAAUCUCUGACAGCGGUGCCAAGUAUUUUCCUGAAGUUGGUAUACUUACCGAUGAUAGGUUGAAACCCUGUUUCGUGGAAUCUCAAGAUGUGCGUGGUUUGCGAAAAAUCUAAUAAUUACCCGUGCAAUUUCUAUUUAAACAAACGACGCUAGACUUCCUAAUAAUAUUAAUUUUGCCUAGUUUUAUAUUACUUAUACUGAAUGAA